CAACUUCCCCUUUUCAGCGUGGAUACAAGAAGCAGCCCGAUGCACAGGCGGAGAGGGCAGCAGUGAGCGUCCAGACAAACAGCUUUGCCUUACCACCAGCUGACCAGCCAGAUUCUAGCAUUCAGUACAGGGGCCAGCCUCAGCCAUGGAAGAUACGUACAUCAGACACAUUGAGCUGCUGGGCUUCGAGAAAAGGUUUUUCCCAAGCCAACAUUAUGUUUACAUGUUCCUGGUGAAAUGGCAGGAUCUAACCGAAAAACUAGUCUAUCGAAAAUUUACCGAGAUAUAUGAAUUUCAUAAAUCCUUGAAGGAAAUGUUUCCCAUUGAAUCUGGGGACAUCAACAUUGAGAAUAGGAUCAUCCCUCACUUACCAGCACCCAAAUGGUUUGAUGGCCACCGGUCUACACAGAACAGACAAGGCACGCUGACUGAAUACUGCUACACCUUGCUGAAUCUGCCGCACAAGAUUUCCCGAUGCUCCCAUGUUCUGAACUUCUUCAAAGUCAGGCCUGACGACUUGAACCCACCCACAGACAGCCACAUCAAGAAACCAGAGACAUAUUUAGUGCCAAAGGAAUCCAAGAAAAACGUUGCAGACAUUACUGGCCCCCUCAUCCUGCAGACGUACCGAGCUAUUGCUGACUAUGAGAAGAACUCCAGCACCGAGAUGACUCUGAAAACGGGGGACAUGGUAGACAUUGUGGAGAAGAGUGAAAGUGGCUGGUGGUUCUGUCAGUUAAAGAAUAAACGUGGCUGGGUCCCAGCUGCUUACCUGGAGCCUAUGGAAGGUCCUGAUGAAUCUGAAGAGCAGGAUCCUAACUAUGCAGGGGAGCUCUAUGUUGUCAGAAAAGGCUACACAGCUGCUGAGGAUGAUGAGCUCACGCUGAAAGAAGGAGACGCCAUAGAGGUUAUCCAUAAGCUACUUGAUGGCUGGUGGGUUGUCAGGAAAGAAGAAAUCACCGGUUACUACCCCUCCAUGUAUCUGCAGAAAUCUGGGGAAGAGAACAACCUUGUGAAGAAUGAGCUGAGAAACAGAGGCGCCCCUCCUCGAAGGUCGACCAUCCGAAAUGUCAAGAGCAUCCACAACCAAAACCGGAAGCAGAUCAGCCAGGAGACAUACAGACGGAACAGCAUGAAGUAUAGGAAGAUGAAGACGCAGAGCAAUCUCCAGAACAAGUCCAAUGUGAUCAGAGAGAAAAAUGAAAUGGUGGAAAACGUGUCCAAGGCCCAACCGGCUGUUCCGCCGCGACCCAGUAAAGACCUGAUCAUGAAUCGUUGUACAGAGAGCACGAAGAGCAAGAUCAAAUGAUCCCAUGGGGGCGGG